AUGCCUGAAGUCGCUCCACAGCCACAACGUUCUUCAUUCUGUUCUGCAGAUGGCUGUGAAGCCCCCGGUAUGGGGAGCUGCAGUGGUUCUCCAACUGAGGUAGCAGCAACAGCAGCAGCUGGCUUGGACGCUAAGUCCCGAGCAGCAACGUGUUUUGCGCGUUCUUCUAUUCUGCAGCUGCAGCGGCAGUACCCUGCAGCAUUUGCUGCUAUUGCUUCUGCGGCUGCGUCGCCAGGCCAGCUGCAGCUUCUGCAGGAUCCGUUGUGGCUGACGGCCAUGGGUGCUGUGCAUGCAUGGGAACACAACACAAACAUCGAAUCGCGAUGCAAUAGAGAAGCAGAAAAAUUGUCUGCUGCAGCAGAGGAAGGAAGCACUAUUGCUGCUGCUAUUCGUGAUGCGGCUAAGAGGGUGGGAGAAGAAGACCCGUUGGUACGGCUGCAUGCGGCUGCCCUGUUGGGUGAAGCAGCAGCUCUGCUGCAGUCCCUUGGUGAGGGUAUAGCUGCUUCUUCACUGCAUUCGUCUGCAGCGGGACAGACUUCAACAUCAUCAGCGUCAGAGAAUAAUCAAUGCCUUGCUGCAGCAGCAGAGCGUGCUGCCAAUGCACUGGAGCUGUGGCACCUCCGGCUGAUGGCGCUGCCGGUUAGUGUUAGUUUAGUUAGCUUAGGAUCCCGGGGGGCGACACCAUGGAAGCCACGGCCUUGCAGCGCUUUGUCUGGUGUUGCUGCAGCACCGCUGCUGCAGCUGCCUACAGCUACGGACGAGCUGCUGCUGUUGCAUCAGCAGGUCCGCAUGGUUCUUACGUUUUUAGCGUCUAUCGAUGCAGGCGCACUCGAGAAGGCCCAGCCACUUCAUCUCCGCUGUAUGCACGCAUUACAACAGGCAGAGCAGCUAUUGUUGCAACUGACGCUGCCCGCGAUGACGGCGAAAGCAGGAGCAGGAGGAGCACCAGAAGCAGCGGCAGAAACAACAACAGAACCAGCAGCAACAGCAGCGGCGGCAGCAGAUACUGCAGCCGCUGUGCCGGCUCCUCAGACCUGCAAUGCUGCUGCUCUGCCGCCCCCCAUCUCCUCGUCACCGAGGCCGCAUGACGGAGACAUGAAUUGGCAACUUUCGUUACGAACCCACGAAGCACUGGCAGCAGCAAGUGAGCAGAAGACCAGUCAAACUGCGUCUGCAUACACUGCAGAGCAGGGCAGCGGUUAUGCUAUGGGUCGGGAAAGAGUAAGAUGCAUUGCUUGGACACCUCUGCUCUGA